CUAACAAAAUUGGUCAACAGGGUGUAAUUUGCGCGGGUUCCUACGAAUUUAACCCAAAUUUAAGCUUUCCGAGAAAAUCAUAAGCUUGGCAAGAAAAAGGGGAUAAGCAAAACCAAAGAAACAGACACAUUCGUUGUACAAUUUUCUUCCCCAAUAUGAAACCAAGUAUUCUUACAACUCAAUCUUCUGUUCAAUCUUUUCUACCAAACCCAUAUCUCCAUAGCUCUCUUCACCUUCACAGACCCUCCUCCAAUUUCCUCAGAUUCAUCUCUUCCAAUCCCCAAAUUCUCCCUUCAAUUCGCUGCUUUUCCCACUCCUCCAAACCAUUCUCAAGUCUUCACCACCAAGAGCCUCUCAACCCAAAUUUUGUCCAUGAAGAACCGCCGCCUGAUCAGUGGAAAGUGGAGGUUCAGAGCCCUCUCGUUCCGGCUUCGGCAGUGCCGCCGGCGAAGCUGAGCUUGAAUGACCGAGCCUUCUUCCUCUUGGCCUUCAUUGCUUGCACGACUUCUGUGGCGUUUACCAGUCUUGUAAUUGCAGCUGUGCCAACGCUUUUUGCAAUGGGAAGAGCUGCAACAUCUCUUGCAAAGCUAGCGGACACAGCUCGUGAGGAACUCCCCAGUACAAUGGCUGCAAUCAGGCUUUCGGGGAUGGAAAUAAGUGAUCUUACUCUAGAAUUGAGUGAUUUAAGCCAGGAGAUAGCAGAUGGUGUCAGCAAAUCGACUCAAGCUGUGCAAGCGGCAGAAGCUGGAAUUCGACAGAUAGGCACUCUUGCUCGCCAACAGACUGCGUCAAUGAUUCAGGAGCGGGCGAGCCUGCCAAUCAUCUCCCUGCAACCAGUUGUUACUGGGGCUGCAAAAAAGACUUCUCGUGCUGUUGGUCAAGCCACAAAGACCAUCAUCAAUAUGAUCUCUGGCAAAGACUUCAGCUCAGACGAUGAAGAUGAUGAUGAAGUCAAUAGACUGGAAAGUUGAUCAAGUUUGAAAUUCCUAUUUUCAACAUCUCCAUGUACAGAUCAUACAAAAAAGAGGCACCGACACAAAAGGGUUGUUGUAUUAGGGUGGUGUGUAAAUGCUGCGAGAACAUUUUCAGGUUAGAAAAGAUGUCCCCAAGGAUGCCCAGUUCCCAUUUUAGACAUGUUCUAUUUAUUUUCCCAGUUAAAAAUUUCAGGAGAUGAGCUCCUUUGAACAGGCAGAUUCCUAUUAGCAUUUUUGUGUAUGCAAUUUUACAUUACUUUGCCUUCAUUUGUUGAGUAUUUGAAGUUCUUGAAAAAGGUUCCUGAAGUUUGUAGACUCCGGCAAAUUGCUUUACCAAAUUUAUAUAAUUGUGUCAUUUGAA